ACCGAAGCGCGCGCGACAACGAUUACCCUCGCGCUCAACGGCAUCGAAUCGCCGCGAAUCGGAAUCGCUGGAGAAUAUUUGUAACCGCGUCGUCUCGUUUGUCCUCCGUCACCCGACGACGACGACGACGUUGUCGUCCUUGAAGCCAGGGUUGUAUGCGAUAAUAAUAAACAACGCAUUAUUUCCACCCUUUGUUCAACCAAAUUAUUCGUGGGAAGAACGAACAAAAAAAAGGGAUUCGAUUCCCUGCGUUGACAAAAUUUCGUAUCGAUUCAGGGCGGAUCUAGGCCGCAGGCUUCUCUCUCGGCGCCCCUCCCCCAUUCCUCGCUUCCGCCGUUCGCUGAAUUCUCAUCACCGGUUUGAGAGAUUUUUAUUUUUGUUACUUUUUUUUUUACACGGCGAUUAAAGCCACGGCGGUGUGCGGAGUUGGAUUUAAAAAAGAAAUAAAAAAUUUUUGGUUCUGUUUAAGUUUUUUUUUCUUUCAAACGGGGUUGGAUUUGGCGCUGGGGGGGGUUAAAAAGUCGCCUGCUGCUGCUGCUGAGGCGAAUUUCGCGGCCUAGGCCGUCGGGCGUCGCCAAGUACCCGUACAGAAAUGGCGUGCGCUGCGGUGCUGGAGCCAAACCGGGACUUCCCGGCGUGGCUGGAGGCGCAGGGCGUGAACGCGGAGGUGGCCCGGGCCAUGGACUCCGAGCUGGGCAUCCGCGACUACGGGGUCCUGCGCGCCUGCGUCGGGGACGGCCUCGUGCGGGCCGAGCUGCUGGCCGCGGCGCGCGACCGCCUGCCCUUCGGCUUCUACGCCGUGCUGCGGCAGGUGGUGAAGGCCCUGCGGGGCGCCGAGCCCCACGACGCCGCCGGGACGCCGCGCUGGGACGAAGACGACGCCGCCGCCGCCUCCUCCCCAGGCGACGUGACGCUGGGAGGCCUGGUGGACGUGCUGCUCGCACUGUUCAGCGGCUUGAGUCGGGAGCUGCUGCUGUCCGCGCGGAGGCUGGGAGCCAUGGACGGGGCCGGAACCUGCGCCGGUGGCUCGAGUCCCGGCGGCGUGGAAGAGGCCGCCAUGGUGGAGCAGCAUCUGAAUUGCACGGAAAAUGAAGAGAUCGGCGACAUCGCCCCGUCCAUCAUCGACGACUUUGGCCAGAACAAGAUGAUGCGCAUCAUCAAAAUGGAAGACCACGAGGACGGGGACAAUGGAGGCGAGGGAUCGGUGGAUGAGAACGAUGACGGUGGCGGCGGCGGCGGCUGGCGGUCGCAAGAAGGAGCGGAGGGCAUGGCCGCCUCGUGCAUGGAUGGACCGGGUAAGAGUGAGGAAUGUCAUUCGGGGUUCAUCAUCGAUGAUGUGACGUCGCUCCAGGGCACCGCUGCCCCGCACCUCCUCCGGCGCAGCCGCCCAUAUAGCGCUAUCGCCCUCGCGUCGUCGCAAGUGCCGGGCGAGACCCACGACCCCGAGUGGACCCCGGCGGGUCCGCCUUACGAUGGGCGCCCGUCGACCGCGGGGAGAAACGAGCCGAGCGGGCAGGGCCGGCGGGAGGGGCCGCUCGCGAAGCGCACGGCGGCGGCGGCGGCGGCGGCCUCGAGCGGUCAGUACAGCUGCAAGGUGUGCGGGCAGCAGUUCAAUCGAGCAAGCUACCUGCGCAAGCACAAGCUGACGCAUACGACGGAGAGGCCGCACCACUGCCCGGUGUGCGGCCGGGCCUUCAAGCGGCCGUGCGAGCUGACGCGCCACCGGCGCACGCACACGGGCGAGCGUCCGCACGGCUGCGCCGUGUGCGGCCGCACCUUCACGCGAUGCCAGCAGCUCAAAAUCCACCUGCGCACGCACACGGGCGAGAAGCCGUACCGCUGCGGCGAGUGCGGGCAGUUCUUCUCGCACCGCCACAGCUUCAAGCGGCACCAGCGCACGCACGCCGGCGGGAAGGCGUGAGGUGGAUGCGCCGGGUUGCGGGGCGGGGGGGGGAGAGAGAGAGAGGGACAAGCGGCCCGGGCAGCUUGCGAGGCGACGUAGAAGGCGCUGGUGCCCAAUUCGAAAUGAAAUUUCGUUGGUUGUGAAAGCGCAUUGCCGUGCACGCGCCGCUGCUGCGCGAGAUGUUUUUUGAUGCGACAACAAAGACAUUGAAUCUUUGCCCGAGUGACGACCACAAGAUGGGAUGCCGCAGCAGGCCAUCCAUGUUGUCAGUAUCCACCGCUCGACGGACCCGCCGUGCGCUGUGCCGCUGCCGUAGCUGGAGCCGGAAGCCAGCUGACUCUGUGAACAGAGGUGCAAUGAAGAUUCUUUGCGUUCUGUCUCGUGGAAUGCUGCGUUGAGGCCGCAAUGAUGUCUCGCUGUGCAACUGCAACAGUGCAACGUUUUAUUGGACGGGCCAAGCUUUUGUGAACAAGCUUCAACAUGAAAGUCGUUUCCUCGAUUUUUACACUCUGGACGCGGCAUCGUCUACACCUCUUGCACGGGGGUGGGAGGGGGGGAGGGCGGACGCGAGCCCAGUGACUCUUCUCAGUAACGAAGCCUGGAACUCCUCGUGUCAGAUGUGACCAGCCCCACCCCCCCGCCCCCCCCCUAGGACGCACAGCCUAGAUGUCACUCGACACCAAAAGGAGGACACCUGUGGAUCGAUUCGAACUUUAGUAUGUUUUGGCAAGCCUCAAUCAUUCAAGAUGUACAGGCCCGAGAUGGCCACCAUUGAAACUAGCGCGGCGUUAGUUGUGUAAGAGGUGUGCUGAAAACAAAAUACGUGAACUCUGUAUCCUUGAUUGCAAAAUGAAGACGACGGUGUGUACGUAGCGGCGUUAUUAGUUUACGAGGUCUCGUUUCGGGAUGGGUAGGUCACACUACACAAUAGGUUUUGGAUUUAUCGAGCGGUUCAAUGUGACUGUGUGUGUGUGUGCGUCUCAAACCACUGUUACAAAUAGGCAACGCGUGCAUAUCUCGGAGUGGGAAGAGUGGGGGGUUAAUUUUCCUGGAGCAGGGAAUGAUAGGAAGCACUCUAAGAUAGGAAGCAUUCUAAGAGGCCGGAGAGAAAGUUUGAGGUGAUAUUGGGUGAUAUGUGCAUACAAAAAGUUUUCAUAGGAGAUGGACGUUGCCUGUAGCCUGGAUCUCAGGCAGUGUGCACGGGGAAGGCAACUCGAGACCUUGAGAGCAGCAGAAGAGAAGUAGCGACCUGGUGCGUAGUCGGUGAUAUCUUACCGGGUGGCACUGGUGGUGAGAGCCCUGUACUCUUGAUCAAAUGUGUAAUGCUUUGUGGGCAGUUGGCGUUAAUUGUCUGGGAGAUGUAUAGUCUGCCCUCUGCCAUAAUGGAAUUGCCGACCACCGCCUCGGGACUGCCAACUCUGAUGAGUGUAGCCUUGCACUCAAUUUUAGCAGGGAAACGCUUUGGAGUUGGUGAGCCGGUCAUGGUGAACAUUGGUAGAACUCAUCCUUGUUUGCUCAAAGGGUGUUUUGGAGCUAUGCCAUUGAUUGGCAUUGAGUUUGUCAGAUGAUUGAAACUGCUCUCAUCGCUGUGGCUUACAAUAUUUGGGACGUAACAUCGUUAGGUUUGUUAAUGGCUUAACCUUCUGUCAAUAGGUGCGCUUUUUAUUUGACGGUUAUAAUGAUCGAAGUUUGCUUUUCCGAUACGGGUCUCGGACACGUGCGUGCCAAAAUACCGUUCCGCGUACGUGAUUUAAGUCACGGAAAAUGGCAUUACAUUUUCUGUAACUGGCCGCCGAGAGUGGGAGCUUUCUGAUACGACGGAGCAUCCGCUGCUGUCGUAAGCAGCCUCUGUUGUGACCGCACGGCUGCCUCGCGUUGAUUACGAAUGAGCAAAUGCACGGGAUCGUGUCCUCCGCAGUAGCAACGCCACGCGAGCUUGGCCGCAAGGCGAAGGACGCAGCUGUCUGAUCGCUCAAAAACGCCGCCUGUGUCCUCCUGUAGGUAAAAGGGCGGAAAGUGACUCAAGGUUCGCCAUCAAUGACGUCGCGUCACUGCUGAGCACCGAAGGGCCCCUUUCGUCGCCACGAAACCCUAGCUUCCUCGCGCGAUCGCAAGACUCGGGCACAUUCAACGGGA